AUGAAUGGACUCUAUAAUGGUGGCAAUGGUACCAGUCAUCGAGCUCGUAUUCCAAGUACUCAUAAUUGGCAAUUUAAAUUAGAAUCAUUAUCAUCAUCGUUGUACUCGCUUGAUGUUGCAUCCGGAAUAUUCACUGAAAAACUCGAAAAUGAUCAAGUACGCAUUGAACGACGUAUUUUUGCUUCACAAGAAUAUACUGAACUGUUAAUUGCUCAUGUGGUCAUUACUCGAUUGACAUCGAAAGGUCAUGUGAUUGUUGUGCCCGUGGAAGUCAAUGAACAAACGACCAGCAUCGAUUUCGAUCUUCAAGUUUUGUCUCGUGAUGAUAAACACGUACUUUUGUCGGGAAUGACACGAGAAGUAGAGAAUAAUCUAUUUCAAAACGAUCGACUGUCUCUAUUUAUGUAUUAUACACCAUUACCGAUCGAUGGUUUUCAACUUGGCGAAGAAGAAACUAGUCGAACUUAUCUGUUUGUUACUUCACUUGAUACAGAACAAACACGAGCGAAACAAAGUUUUGAUUACGCAUCUAAUGAACGAGAACCGGAUGAAAUAUGGUCAUCGCACGUUUCUCUUUGGAAUCAAGUCUGGUUAAAUGGACGAAUUGAAAUUCGUGAUGAUGUUGAACUACAACGACAAGUGAAUUCUGCUCUCUAUUAUAUUCUCAGUUCGCUCCCGCCAUUAUCGACACGUAGUGAACAUAAACAAUUCUAUGGGCUUAGUCCAGGCAGCUUGUCUCGUGGUGGUAGGCUAGGAGAAGAUUAUGGCGGUCAUUCGUUUUGGGAUACAGAAACAUGGAUGUAUCCAUCGAUUCUUCUCUUCUAUCCAACAUUAGCUAAAGAGAUCCUUUCAUAUCGUAUCGCUCUACGUGAUGCAGCUGCUCAUAAUGCUCAUCUAUUUGGCUAUAUUGGAUGGAGAUAUCCUUGGGAGAGCGCACGAACAGGAAUCGAUGUAACUCCAGAUUGUUGUCCGGAAGUUCGUCUGUAUCAGAUGCAUAUCACUGGUGAUAUAGCUUUUGCUGCAAGACAGUACAUUGCUGUCACACGUGAUCAGUCGUGGUUGAAGUUCGAAAUGGGCGGUGAUCUCAUCUAUGAAACAGCACGAUUUUGGGCGUCAAGAGCGAUAUACAAUUUAGACCGAAAACAAUAUGAAAUCUUGAUGGUAUUACCACCUGAUGAAGAUGCUCAACCGUUCAAGAACAAUUCAGUCUUUACGAAUGCUGUUGCUUCGCUCUCUAUUCAAUUAGCAGAUCGAGUCAGUUGUAUAACUGAAAAGUCAGUGCCUCCAGCAUGGCUCGACAUAGCCAACAAUCUUUAUUUUCCAUUCGAUAAUGUAACUCAAAUUCAUCUCGAAUAUGAAAAUUUCAAUCCUAAGAAUGCGUCUAUAAAACAAGCCGAUGUAGUUCUUCUCGGUUUUCCAUUGAUGUGGCCGAUGAGUAAAGAAGUACGACGUAACGAUCUGUUGACCUAUGAACGUCUCACUCGAGAUGAUGGACCAGCUAUGACUUGGUCAAUGCAUGCGAUCGGACAUCUUGAGUUGAAAGAUUUCGAACUGGCAGAAGAGCUCUUUCGACGUUCAUACGAAACCUAUGUUCGACCACCAUUCAAUGUAUGGACUGAAGCUCGAUCUGGUGUUGGUGCUGUCAAUUUUAUAACAGGCGCAGGAGGUUUUCUUCAGGCAGUACUUUUCGGAUACGGUGGCAUUCGUUUAACUCUCAAUGAACUUGAAAUAAUGCCACCGGGUCGUUUGCCCAAUCGAUCGACACAACUAGCCUUUCAUGGUCUCAAAUAUAAUGGUGCUACAUUUGACGUGAUGAUCGAGAAAGAGAUGUAUCAUGUCAAUGUAGUUGCGUUGAAUAAUGACAAUUCCCAAUCAAUGCUCUAUGAACACGAACAACAACGAGGUUCGCUUCGAGUUAACGAUACUCUUUCCUUUCGGGUUGAUACACGAUUGAUUAUUCAUCUAGCUGCACCGCUCUGUCCUUGA